UGCAGCGAGUAUCGGCGAGAGAUGGCGCUUCCGUCGUGUUUCCAGGCGCCGUUCGUCAAUUCGUCCAGGUUUCCCGCGCCAGUACCCGCCCCUCCGACGCCUGUCACGAAGGUCUACGACGACGUCAUCCGCUUCAUCAAGCAGGGGAAGAUCAAGGAGGCCAAGAACAUCGUGCGGACUCAGCAUUGGCCCAUCGACCACCUGAACCGGGGCGAGCUGUGGCUGAAGCUGUGCCAGGGCCACGUCAAGGUGGGCCCGCCCGACGACUACUACCAGAGCACGGUGAAGGAGUCGCUGGACGGGCAGUGGCCCUCCGGCAUGCCGGCCUUCGCGGACCCGAUCUUCGACGAGGUCUACCUGCUCUCGGCCGAAGGGCAGCGGCGCGCCGAGCGGGUGCUGUACGUGGUGUCCGUCAACUACCCCUUCAUCACCUACUGCCCGAUCCUGCACCCGGUCGUCUGCCUGCUCCUCCACUACCUCACCGAGGAACAGACGUACGAGUGCGCAUGCGCCCUCAUCGAAGGCACCAUAGUGCGCCACCUGAGCCAAACGCGGCUCAUGUACGACACGUCGGCCCACACGCUCAUGAAGCUGACCAAGAACCUAGCGAAGAAGACGUACAACAAGCUGCUGCGCAAGGUGCAGCAGGAGGAGGACCUGGAGAAAGUAUUCCUCACGUGGCAGCUGUGGAUCUUCCGCGGGCUUCCCUUCUACCACCUGGUGCGGACCAUGGACUGCUUCCUGAUCGAGGGCGUGAGAGCGUUGUACCGCGCAGCCAUGGCCAUCCUCAUCCUCUUCGUCCAGGACCACUCGAGCGAAUAUCCCAACGAGUCGAUGUUCGCCCGAAUGUUUGGAGGAAAGAAGAGCAAAAGCAAGGCUCCCGGUCCCUCGGGUGAAGGUGGGCUGGACGCGGCCGCCGCCUUCCUGGACCGGAUCAUAUUGUACCUCAGGGACUUGCCGUACAAUGUGGACAGUUUCCUCAAGACUGCCUACGGCAUACAGGGCGUCAGCGCGAAGGUGCUCAACGAUCAGUUGCUCAAGUCCGAGGCGUACGUGCGCGGACACCCGGGCAAGCGACUGCUGGGAUCGCCCUCGGAGACCGGCGCCUCGGCCAGCCGCCUCGAGGUCACCUCGUCUUUACUGCCCAUCAAGAAAAGCAGAUACGGCACCUCGACCUCCGUACCGGUCGGCAUAGCCCAGCUUACCAACUUCCACUCGGAGAUUCUCAGCCGCGACCAGAUGUGCGUCUUGUGGACCUGGCUGCCGGCGCGCAUCACGAUGUUGCAGCCUGAGCUCGUCUACUCGACCAACGAGCACGGCAGCAGCCUGACCAACUUCUACGUGCACUCGGACACCUGGGAGCCCACGGUGUUGGUGGUGCUGACGACGCGCGGGGAGCGCUUCGGCGCCUACUGCUCCACCCGGUGGCAGGAGCGCAAGCAGACCUACUUCGGCACGGGCGAGACGUUCCUCUUCACCUUCUCGCCGGAGGCCAAGCGCUUCGCCUGGGUCGGCGUCGGCUCGUCACGCGACGUGCCGCACUCCGCCAAGCUGUUCAUGUCCGCCAACCAGACCAUGAUCCUCGUCGGCGGAGGGAACGGCAUGGGUCUGUACAUCGACCAAUCCCUGGAGAACGGUCGGAGCGAGCACUGCGACACGUUCGACAACGAUCCGCUAGGCCGCACCAGCGACUUCGUCGUCAACAUCUUGGAGGUCAUCGGCUUUGCCUGACCUCUUAUGGUCCGCUGGCCGCGAAGAUCGUACCGAACCAUCCAGCGUGCUGGGCGGACAAUUUGUGAACAAUUCGCGCGUCGUCGCUGCACCUCAUCGGCGACGACGGCGAUUUUUACGCAAUUACUGGACGAUUAGCCCACACGGCGUUUGUGCAAUGUACACUCGGGCGCCGUGUGAGGCCGUUGUUUCCCCAUUUUUUUUUUUUUCAGCAGGUGCAGCUCUAUGCUGCCAGUGCCAAAGACGUGAACUUAUACGCUGGUAGUGUUAUGUCAUCUUCACUGCUCCGCGAAGAUAACAUUGUAUAGGGUUAUUUUAUUUUGUUUCGGAUAUUAUUUAUUGUAUAUAUACCGUAUGUCUGUGCUUGCCAUAUGCGCGUACAUCCCAGAUACAGUGCGAGCAGACGAACACGUUCGGUGUGCCACGUGUUACAUGCUACCCGCGGGGACGAUCUCGCGAUGUCGUCGUUCUGCUGUAAUCGUCGACGUGCAAGUUUUUUUUUCCGCAAUCUUCUAUACAAGAAAGUUCGUAUCGUUACAAAACUGCCGAGUUCAUUGCAAAUUACACGUCAACUUGCGCCUCGCUCGCGAGGUCGUGAUGACGUCACUGUUGCGUCAAUUCGGGUGUGCAGUUGCGCAUGCGCGCUGUGCGCCACAGCGCGUUUUUGGCAAUAGCGUUGUAUACGCUCGCUCCU